AUGCGCAACUGUAACCGCGUUCACUUUGUUGGCCACAGUUUGGGUGCUCACGUCGUAGGCAAUGCUGGUCAAGUUGCUGGUCGUCCAGUGCGUGUCACGGGUCUGGAUCCCGCUGGUCCUCAAUGGGGCGGCAACGCCAAUGCCCUGAACCGCAACGCUGGUGUUUAUGUCGAGGCUAUUCACACCGAUGGUCGUGCACUUGGUAUCAUGGAUCCUAUUGCCAACGCCGACUUCUACCCCAACGGCGGCAGAACUCCCCAGCCUGGAUGCGGCCUUAAUAAUGCGUGUGCCCACGGACGCGCUUUCCAGUUCUUUGCAUCCAUACGAUACAAUCGCUUUAUCGGAAGGCAAUGCAGAAAUCUAGCUGAAGCAGAACUAAGCAACUGCACUGGUGCUCAGCUCCGCAUGGGUAACGGAUUAGGCAAACGAGGAAAUGGUCUGUUUGGUCUGAGGACUCUAGCCAACUAGCCUUUCUAA